AUGAAGGAGACAGCAGUUGUGGCUUGUUUGUUAACAGAGCUAGUGCUGGCUGCCUUUGUUGUGGCCUCUGAGGGAGCUGCUCAUUGCCCUGCAUUGUGUCGAUGUGAGAUACGACCAUGGUUCUCACCCAGCUCGAUUUAUACAGAGGCUGCCACAGUGGACUGUAAUGACUUAGCCCUCUCAGCACUACCAGAGCAACUACCUCUAGAGACACAAGUGCUACUGCUACAGACCAACAUUAUCUUUAAUGUGGAUAGAGCUUUGGAUUACUUGGCCAACAUCACUGAGAUUGACUUGUCUCAGAAUAACAUUUCCUCUGUGGGCAAUGUUCGUCUGGGGUCCCUUCCCCAGCUGCUGUCUCUGCACCUGGAGGAGAACUUGGUUCAGGAGCUAAUUGACAACUGCCUCCCCUCCUUACCUAACCUCCAGGAGUUCUACAUCAACCACAAUUUGAUUUCUUCCAUAAGCCCCAAAGCCUUUCAAGGGCUGGCCAGGCUUCUGCGACUGCAUCUCAACUCCAACCAACUGACGAGCAUCAACAAUCGGUGGUUCCAGCACCUCCCAAACCUACAGAUCUUGAUGCUUGGAGAAAAUCCCAUCCUCGAGCUAUCAGACAUGAACUUUAAACCACUGACAAACCUUCGCAGCCUUGUCCUUGCCGGAAUGAACUUGACAGAAAUCCCUAACAAUGCUCUGGUUGGUCUUGAGAACUUGGAGAGCAUUUCAUUUUUUGACAACCUAUUUAAUCGAGUCCCUCGAGCAGCACUGAAGCGAGUAGAAAAUCUUAAGUUUCUGGAUUUGAAUAAGAACCCCAUUGAAAGGAUCCAGAGAGGUGACUUCAUGGACAUGAUCCAUCUCAAGGAGCUUGGUAUAAACAGCAUGCCCGAGCUGGUGUCUAUCGACGGCUAUGCCCUCAACAACCUCCCAGAGCUGACGAAGAUUGAGGCCACCAACAAUCCCAGGCUUUCCUACAUCCACCCCCGGGCUUUCCACAAGCUGCCCCGGCUGGAGACGCUGAUGCUAAACAGCAAUGCCCUAAGCGCUCUCCAUCGCAGCACUGUGGAGUCCCUGCCCAACCUUCGAGAGGUCAGCAUGCACAGCAACCCCAUUCGUUGUGACUGCGUCAUCCGCUGGAUCAACAUGAACAGAACCGCUGUUCGCUUUAUGGAGCCUGACUCCCUCUUCUGCAUGGAACCUCCAGAGUACCAGGGCCAGCAUGUCCGACAGGUUCACUUCCGGGAAAUGACCGAGAUCUGCCUUCCACUGAUCUCACCUGGGAGCCUCCCCGAGCAUGCACUGGUGGGUAAAGGGAGUUCAGUGGCAUUGCACUGCCGGGCGUUCGGAGAGCCCGAGCCAGAGAUCUACUGGGUCAAACCCUCAGGUGACAAGGUCCUGCCUGAAAGUGUGUCCGAUAAGUACUACAUGCACCCAGAGGGAACCUUUGAACUUUAUGAUACCACGGAGCAAGAGGCUGGCAUGUAUACCUGUGUUGCCCACAAUCUUGUAGGGGCAGACCUCAAGUCUGUGAUGGUGACUGUAGAUGGCUACUUUCCGCAGCCUUCAAACCAGUCCUUACAUGCAUAUAUCAAAUCUAUCCAGUCUCAUUCUGUUACAGUGUAUUGGAAAAGCACAGGCAAUCUGAUGUCCCAGGUCAAAUGGUCCACAUUCGUGGAUGGCAACUAUUCCUCCACAGUAUUCACAGCCAGGGUUCCUUCUAAUAUUAAAGAGUAUCAUGUCAACCAGCUGAAGCCCUCCAGUCAGUACCAGGUUUGUGUGGAGGUCAUGGGCAUGCAAAUGGAACGAAACAGGGACUGCGUCAAUGUCACCACAAAAGAUCUUGCCCUCCACGUGAAGACAUCGGAGAGGUGGGACACUCUCGUGAUGGCUGCCUGUGCCGUAUUUUUUGUUGUGGUUGCUGUGGCUUGCUCAGUCAUUCAUACUUCUCGGAACAGCCAAGUCUUUUACAAAAAAUUGGUGGUCAACCAAGCCGAAACACUGCUGCGUCCCAGCUGUCAGUCCGCUUCUCCUUCAUCUCUCAUGGAACUGGGUGUACCAGGGGUCAAGGUGAGGGCAACAGUAAUAGACUUACCAGACAACUGCGUGUAA